ACCCGAACGAAAACUAAGAAAUAUAAAAAGAGAAGAAAGAAACAAAGCAUGGCAUGAAAUAGCAAUGGCAAAUUCGCAAUGACGAGAACAGCAGCAACGAUGCUGCAACGUGGUUAGCACAUAGAAAUUCAAUUCAGAGAGAGAGAAUUGAAAUCAUCGUGUGUGUUUCUUUCUUUCUUCUUCGUCGUCGUGGAUCAACCAAUCAUUCAUCUUCGCAAUUCCCCAAUUUCGUUUCACGAUGGAAGCUUUGAUCGAGUUAUGCGACCUGAUUUCGCAGAACCCUUCGCAACUCUCCGAUAAGCUUUCAUGGAUAUGCGACAAAUGCCCUCCGCCGGAGCACCUCUCCGCCGGAUCGCCUAGGGUUUCGCGGUCUCACCUCAAUGCCGUCAUCGCCGUCGCUCGCUUCCUCUCCAAUUGCCCCGAUUCUUCCGAUCUGCGGCCUAAAUCAGUCGCGCUUGAGUUCCUCCGCUCAAUUCCAUAUUCCUUCACUCAAUCCUUCUGGCCUCAGCCGUUCAACGCUGAUUCCGUUUCCUCUUUCUUCCUCGAUUUCCUCGCCUAUGUUUCCAAGGCCGCUCAGUCGUCGCCGGAUUUCGCCGACGAGGUGGCUUCGUUCUCCGGUGAGGUAGUCAUAUCCGCGAUUGGUGAACAGCACUCCGGCAUUGCUAGGUCUUUCUUGGUUGCUCUGUCGCAGAGCUUUCUGCCGAUUUCUGCUUCGGAUGCUGACAGAGUGGUGACUUGUUUGAUCGAUCAAUUUGCGUUCCCUGCCCCUGGCACGCCCAGGGAACCCAAUGCCGCCGGAAAUUGCGACAAUUCUUCGUCGGCUCAGAGCUCGCCGCUCAGUGUGAACCUGAACCACCGGUCGCAGGCCAAUUACAAUGGCAGCCCAGGGAAUGAAGUCUCCGGUACUUCUUCGAGCGGUGGCGCGGCUUCUAAGGCAGCGGAUGAUGCCAGCACUGCCUCGUCGAGAGGUUCGGCCAUGAUGAAUGGGGGAAGCCACGUGUGGAGGAGUAAUGCCGAUCAGUUGGCACAGACCUUGGGUUUGAAUGAUGGUGGAGCCUCGUCUGGCCAACAAGUUGCUUCGUUUGAGGAAGAGACAGUGGAGUUCUUGGAGAGGCAGGAAAUAGCUUUUAAGCUGAUUGCUCAUGUGUUGGAAAAGGCCCCCAUUGAUCCUGCCCUUUUGGAGCAGCUUAGGUUAAUUGGGAAGAAGCAGAUUCAGUCCAUGUCUGCAUUUCUGAAGAUACGGAAGAGGGAUUGGCAUGAGCAGGGGUCACUUCUAAAAACUAGAAUUAACACCAAACUGUCAGUCUAUAAAGCUGCAGUGAGGCUAAAAAUCAGGAGCCUCUCCGCAUUGGAUUCUGAUUCGAGAUCUGUCAAGAGAUUGGUUUACGAGGCAGUUGCAAUAUUGAUAGAUGCUGCCGAGGCAUGCUUACUAUCAGGAUGGCGGAAGAUGAAAACGUGUGAAGAGCUCUUCAGUUCUUUGCUUCUUGGGGUAGCACAAAUUGCUAUCGCCCGAGGAGGUCAGCCACUGCGUAUUUUGCUCAUUCGCCUAAAACCAAUUGUUCUCAAUGUUUGCGCUCAGCCCUAUACAUGGAGUAACACCCAAGGGACCAUGUUUGAGAGCGUCACAAAGGUCAGCUGUCAAAUUAUUGAAUCCUGCUGGGCUAAGGAACGGGCCCCUGUAGACACGUACAUCAUGGGGUUAGCCACAAGCAUACGUGAACGAAAUGAUUCUGAGGAACAGGACAACCAAGAGAAACCUGCAGUUCCUUUUGUACAGCUCAAUGUUAUACGCCUGUUUGCUGACCUGAGUGUUGCAGUCAACAAGUCUGAGCUGGUAGAUGUGAUAUUACCUCUUUUUAUUGAAAGCUUAGAAGAGGGUGAUGCUUCAACUCCUAGUUUACUGAGACUUCGACUUCUUGAUGCUGUGUCUCAAAUGGCCAGUUUAGGUUUCGAAAAAUCUUACCGUGAGACAGUGGUUUUGAUGACUAGAAGUUACUUGAAUAAACUCUCCAGCGUUGGAUCAGCUGAAAGCAAAACAGAGGCACCUGAAGCCACGACGGAGAGAGUUGAAACUCUACCUGCAGGAUUUCUUAAUAUUGCCAGUGGUCUUAGUAGUGAAAGAUUGCGUUCAGAUUAUCGCCAUCGAUUGCUCUCCCUAUGCUCAGAUGUUGGUUUAGCUGCUGAGUCUAAAAGUGGAAGGAGUGGAGCAGAUUUCCUGGGUCCUCUGCUUCCUGCAGUUGCUGCAAUUUGUUCUGAUUUUGAUCCUACUGUAAAUGUGGAACCGUCACUUUUAAAACUGUUUCGCAACCUAUGGUUCUACGUUGCGCUUUUUGGCCUAGCACCUCCAAUACAGAAGACUCAGGUAACUACGAAGUCAGUUUCCAGUACACUGAACAGUGUGGGAAGCAAUGGUGCUAUUGCUCUUCAAGCAGUAAAUGGACCAUAUAUGUGGAAUACGGAGUGGUCUUCUGCUGUUAAGAGAAUUGCUCAAGGGACCCCUCCACUAGUUGUUAGCUCAGUGAAAUGGCUUGAGGAUGAGUUAGAACUAAAUGCUCUGCACAACCCAGGCAGUCGCCGGGGCAGCGGCAAUGAAAAGGCUGCUCUUGCACAAAGAGCUGCUCUUUCUGCAGCUUUAGGAGGGAGGGUUGAUGUCGCAGCCAUGAGCACCAUAUCAGGAGUAAAGGCUACUUAUCUUCUUGCUGUAGCUUUUCUUGAGAUCAUCCGCUUUAUCAGCAAUGGGGGAAUCCUAAAUGGUGGCACCACUAGGGAUGCUGCUAGAAGUGCAUUUACUUGUGUCUUUGAAUAUCUCAAGACUCCAAAUCUAAUGCCAGCUGUCUUCCAGUGUUUAACUGCAAUUGUUCACAGGGCCUAUGAAACAGCUGUGUCAUGGCUGGAAGAUCGAGUAUCUGAAAUAGGCCAUGAAGCCGAGGCUCGAGAUUCAAUACUUACGAUGCAUACCUGUUUUCUAAUCAAAAGUCUUUCCCAAAGGGAGGAUCACAUACGAGAUAUUGCAGAAAACUUAUUGACCCAACUUAGAGAUAGGUUUCCACAGGUUUUAUGGGAUUCCUCCUGCUUAGAGUCAUUGCUAUUUUCAUUGCAUGAUGACUCUUCCGCUGUCAUCAAUGAUCCUGCUUGGACAGUUACAGUCCGAUCCUUGUAUCAGAGAAUUGUUCGGGAAUGGAUAAUUAAAUCGCUUUCAAGUGCUCCAUGCACUAGCCAGGGCCUUCUUCAGGAUAAACUUUGUAAAGCUAACAACUGGCAAAGAGCGCAGCCCACAAUCGAUGUUGUUUUACUUUUAUCUGAGAUAAGAAUUGGCACUGGGAAAAGUGACAACUGGUCAUCUCAAACAGCAAAUAUUCCCGCAGUCAUGGCUGCUGCGGCUGCUGCAUCAGGAGCAAACUUAAAAGCAUCAGAGUCUUUUAAUUUAGAAGUUAUGAGUUCUGGUAAGUGCAACCAAGCUGCAGCGACAGUUAAAUGCAACCAUGCUGGAGAAAUUGCUGGCAUGAGAAGGUUGUAUAACAGUAUUGGUGGAUUUCAGUCCAGUACUACACCAACUGGUUUUGGGCUUGGAGCUGGGCUGCAAAGAAUUAUAUCUGGAGCUUUUCCCCAACAGCCACAAGCUGAGGAUGAUUCAUUCAAUGCAAUGUUGCUAAAUAAGUUUGUACGUUUACUUCAACAGUUUGUCAACAUAGCAGAGAAAGGUGGGGAAGUGGUCAGGUCUGAAUUUCGUGACACUUGCUCUCAGGCUACAGUGCUGCUUUUGUCAAAUUUGAGUUCUGGAUCCAAAUCAAAUGUGGAGGGCUUCUCACAACUUCUUCGUCUUCUUUGCUGGUGUCCUGCUUAUAUUUCCACAUAUGAUGCAAUGGAAACAGGUGUUUUCAUAUGGACGUGGUUGGUUUCGGCUGCACCUCAGCUUGGAGCACUUGUCCUUGCUGAGCUUGUUGAUGCUUGGUUAUGGACAAUUGACACCAAACGUGGUCUUUUUGCAUCUGGAACAAGGUACUGUGGGCCUGCUGCAAAACUGAGGCCUCACCUGGCUCCUGGGGAGCCUGAACUGCAGCCCGAGAUGGAUCCUGUUGAGCAAAUAAUUGCACAUCGACUUUGGCUUGGAUUUUUUAUUGAUCGUUUUGAGGCGGUUCGGCACCAAAGUGUGGAACAACUCUUGCUUCUUGGAAGGAUGCUGCAGGGGACAACAAAGCUUUCCUGGAACUUUUCUCACCAUCCUGCUGCCAAUGGUACUUUUUUCACUCUCAUGCUUCUAGGGCUCAAGUAUUGCACUUGCCAGUUUCAGGGAAAUCUGCAAAAAUUUCAAUUAGGGCUUCAGCUGCUGGAAGAUCGGAUUUAUCGGGCGUCUUUGGGUUGGUUUGCUUAUGAGCCGGAAUGGUAUGACACAAACUAUACAAAUUUUGCUCAAUGUGAGGCUCAGUCUGUUUCUCUAUUUGUUCAUUACCUUUCAAAUAUGAAAGGAGAUGCUGUUCAAUUAGGCUCAAAAGGAAAUGGACAAGAAAAUGGGAAUUCUUUGGCUGAUAUGAGUGAUCUCUAUCAUCCUGUCUGGGGUCAAAUGGAGAACUAUGCUGUAGGCAGAGAAAAGCGGAAGCAGCUACUUUUAAUGCUAUGCCAACAUGAGGCCGAUAGGCUUGACGUCUGGGCGCAGCCAACUAACACAAAAGAAAGUAGUUCCCGACCCAAGGUUAGUUCAGACAAAUGGAUAGAGUAUACUAGGACUGCCUUCUCAGUGGAUCCUAGGAUUGCUUUAUCCUUGGCCUCAAGGUUCCCAGCCAAUGUAUUUGUGAAGACCGAAGUAACUCAGCUGGUUCAGGCACAUAUAGUGGAUGUGCGCAACAUACCAGAAGCAUUACCGUACUUCAUUACCCCAAAGGCUGUUGAUGAUAAUUCAGUACUAUUGCAACAAUUGCCUCAUUGGGCUCCUUGUUCCAUUACACAAGCUCUAGAGUUCCUUACUCCUGCAUACAAGGGUCAUCCACGGGUGAUGGCAUAUAUUCUCAGGGUUCUGGAGUCCUAUCCUCCUGAACGUGUGACUUUUUUCAUGCCCCAGCUGGUUCAGUCUUUGCGACAUGAUGAAGGGAGAUUAGUAGAAGGUUAUUUACUUAGAGCUGCUCAAAGAAGUGACAUAUUUGCCCAUAUUCUUAUCUGGCAUCUGCAGGGUGAGACUGUACCCGAGACAGGAAAAGAACCAAACAGUGGGAAGAAUGGUUCUUUUCUAGAACUGCUGCCAGCUGUAAGGCAGCGUAUAAUUGAUGGUUUUAACCCAAAGGCGCUUGACAUAUUUAGAAGAGAGUUUGAUUUCUUUGACAAAGUUACAUCCAUCUCUGGUGUAUUAUAUCCACUCCCUAAGGAAGAACGCAGAGCUGGUAUUCGAAGGGAGUUGGAGAAAAUUGAGCUGGAGGGCGAAGAUCUUUAUCUACCGACAGCUACAAAUAAGCUUGUUAAGGGCAUUCGAGUAGAUAGUGGUAUUCCCUUACAGUCAGCCGCAAAAGUCCCAAUCAUGAUAACAUUUAAUGUAGCUGAUCGAGACGGGGACCAAAAUGAUAUAAAGCCACAAGCUUGCAUUUUCAAGGUUGGAGAUGACUGUAGACAAGAUGUUCUUGCCCUUCAAGUAAUAUCACUUCUUCGAGAUAUAUUUGAAGCUGUCGGAAUAAAUCUUUAUCUAUUUCCGUAUGGUGUUCUGCCUACUGGUCCUGAGAGAGGUAUAAUAGAGGUUGUGCCGAAUACACGUAGUAGAAGUCAGAUGGGAGAAACAACUGAUGGAGGUUUGUUUGAGAUAUUUCAGCAAGACUAUGGACCGGUAGGGUCUGCCAGUUUUGAGGCUGCACGCCAGAAUUUCAUCAUUAGCAGUGCUGGUUAUGCCGUUGCUAGUCUUUUGCUUCAACCAAAGGAUAGGCACAAUGGGAACCUUCUCUUUGAUAAUGUUGGGAGGCUUGUGCAUAUUGAUUUUGGUUUCAUCCUAGAAACUUCUCCAGGUGGGAAUAUGCGUUUUGAAAGUGCACAUUUUAAGCUGAGCCAUGAGAUGACACAAUUACUAGAUCCAUCCGGUGUUAUGAAGAGUGAUACGUGGAGCCAAUUUUUAAGUUUAUGCGUGAAAGGGUACCUUUGCGCGCGUCGACACAUGGAUGGGAUCAUCACUACGGUGGCGUUAAUGCUAGAUAGCGGGUUACCUUGCUUCAGCAGGGGCGACCCGAUUGGCAACCUUCGAAAGAGAUUUCAUCCAGAAAUGAGUGAGCGUGAAGCAGCCAACUUCAUGACCCAUGUGUGUAAAGAUGCUUACAAUAAGUGGACCACUGCUGGCUAUGACUUGAUACAAUACCUGCAGCAAGGAAUCGAAAAGUGAGAGAUAGUAUAGAACUGACCUAACUUGUACAUGUUUCUUUGUAAUAUUACAUUCAUUGUUGUCCUAUGCUUUGAAUUUUUUGAGGAAUUUCAUGGUUAUAGUGCUGAGGAGGGAAUAGUAUAAAUGGCGGAUGAAGAUUCAAAAGUAAAGUUCUGUAUUUUUUUGUUUGUUUAUGGGUUGUUCCUCUUCAUGUAAAAAAACAGCUUUGUAAUAUUAUUUAUUAAUGAUAAUUGCAAUUCAUUGCGGUGAUGAGAA